GGGGCCUUUGGGCGGGGCCCGGCGCUCUAUCCCGGGAGCCCGGACCGCUCUCUCCAGUCCCGGGUGCCGUGUCUGGCCAGCCCAGCCCAGCCCGGCUCCGGCCAGCCCGGGCUCCGGCCAGCCCGCGCAGCCGCCGCCGCUCAGUGUCUGGCAUUGCUGAGGCUGGGAGAACCUCACCAUUGCUUUGCACCCUCUGCCUCAGCCAGCUGUGCCCAGCCUGCCCCAGGAUGGAGUCCCUCCCUGAAGCAGUCCUGAUCCGAAUCCUGGCCUCGCUGCCUGCCGUGGAGCUGGUGCUGGUGUGCCGCCUGGUCUGCUGCCAGUGGAAGAACCUGGUUGAUGGAGCUGCACUUUGGAUCCUCAAGUGUCAGCAGGAAGGCCUCACCAGAGCAGAGUCAGAUGCAGAAAACUGGCAAAGCUUCUACUUCCUGAGUAAGAAAAGGAAGAAUCUCAUCAAGAACCCAUGUGGUGAAGAAGGCUUGGAGCACUGGGGAGAGGUAGAGAAUGGAGGUGAUGGCUGGAAAAUUGAAGAGCUCCCAGGGGACUUUGGAAAAGAAUUUCCUAGUGAAGAAGUGCAUAAAUACUUUGUCACAUCUUAUGAGUGGUGUCGAAAGGCUCAGGUCAUUGACCUCAGGGCUGAGGGCUACUGGGAAGAGCUGAUGGAUACAACCCAGCCUAAAAUCAUGGUAAGAGACUGGUAUGCAGGACGCAGUGAUGCUGGCUGCCUUUAUGAACUGUGUGUGAAGCUGCUCUCUGAGAAUGAGGAUGUGCUGGCUGAGUACAAAAGUGACACUGUCACCAUCCCAGAGGGAAAUGAUGCCAGCUGGACUGAGGUGAGUUACAGAUCUCUCACACCUUUUCCAGCUACGGGCCCGGGGUGCGCUUCGUGCGCUUUGAGCACAGCGGCCAGGACACGCUGUUCUGGAAGGGCUGGUACGGCGUCCGUGUCACCCACAGCAGCGUGACAGUGGAGCCAUAGCCAUGCUCAGCCAGGAUCUGCAUGCUGGGCUUGACUUCCCUCAGGGCAUCCCUAGCCUUUGGAUGGUUUCUGCAUGGUGCUGCUGCUGGCUGUAGAGCAAAUGGCCCUUCUGCACAGGACGCCAGGAGCCACCACCCAUCCUUCCUCAAGAGGACUAUGCAAAGAAUGUGAAUGAAUUUGUGGAUGCACCACAAGACUCGGCCUCACCACUUGCACUGGUGUUCUCUGUCAGACAGGAGAUCACCUAAAAAUCCUGCAGACCUCCUCUGUUAGUCUGUAAUCCCUGGCGCCCAGCCUGAGUCAGCUGUCUCUCCUGCCUGCUUCCCUGACUUGGGCACUCCUUAACUUGAAGGGAUACUUUAAGUAUAUUUUCUGGAAGGUAGAGUGGGAAGAAAAGAAUAAAGAAAACCACAGACCCUGUGUCUCAAAACAUACCAGGGAAACCCAGAGCCCUGUCCACAGCUGUUUCCAUGACAUGCAGUGAGAACCUUGGCUUCUUCCAUUUAUCAAAAGGUAACAUUCUUUACCACAGAGGAGCUCUAGCUUGGCUGUCAAUACUGUUAGUUCAUUUUUUAGUGACAAUGCAAAGCAAGAGAGGUUGAAUCCUUUUCUCUUACACUGUUCCCAGCAUCCAUUUAUCAAGGAAAGUGUUGGAAAGAGAAACAUGUCUGGUGUCCAGCCUGGGGGCUUCAUUUGGCUCCCUCAGAUAGAUGGCAUCCAAGAGUAAUUGCUGGCAGAGAGAGAGAUGACAGCAACUUAGGGAAGUGGGUUAGAAAAAAAAUUUGGGAUAGGGUCCAGAAACAAAUGAAAACAAACUCAUUUACCCCUCCCUGGCCUCUGCAUGCUUCUUGCAGCAAGCAUCCUGGUCAUCCAGUGUGAUUCUGCUAGCAGGACACAGAGAGCUGCUGGCCUCACUCCACCUCUGCUGUCUGCAAGUACAGUCUGCCUCUGCAAUGUGCUGCUGACAAGACAGAGCUUCAGUCUCCCACCUGAGCUUGAUAUCACUCAGGGCUGUGUGCCCCAUCCUGAACAGACCUCUAAGCAUUCCUGAACCAAGACUGUCCCUGCUAGUUAUUCCACUCAGAAGAGCAUCCCCUAACAGAGCUGGUGUUGCCUAAAGCAAGUCUAUUUUUGUGUCUGUGUGUUUUUCCUCCCUGGGCUGCCAUUUGAGUGCCUCUUUGCACAUGUAGUGACUGCUACUGCCUUCAGCCAAAGGAAGGAGCUUCCCACCUGGACCCUGUGCAUGCUACUUCCUCAGGCUGUCUGCACACCUGCACCUGGGUGCCACACACACAGAGUCCAGGCAAACAUAAUAAAGUGACACAAUUGUG